AUGAUGAGCUCAAGCUAUUGGAGUGAGAAGAGCAGCAGCAGCUGUGGGACUCAGCAGUCCCCAGAGGUGCUGCCAUGCCAGCCCCAGCAUUACCACUGCUACCGUCAGUCAAGCCAAGCCCAGCAGCCUCCAGAAAAAACUGUAGUGUACCAGCGAGUGAGGACUUACAGUGGGCCCAUGAACAAGGUGGUUCAGCCUUUGGACCCUGUCGGCUCAGGAGAAGUGCUCUCCCCUCUCAAAACUGCCUCCUCCUACCAAAGCUUGGUUUGGAGUGACCAUUCCCAGGAACUUCAUUCUCCAACUCUGAAAAUAUCCACUGGUGUCCCAGGCACUCUACAUAUAACCUCAAAUACUGAACAGUGUGAAGAUUUUUUUCUCACCAAGGAAAUCCAUUCUCCAACAGUGAAAGUUACUACAUAUCCUCAAACCACUAUAAGGCAAUAUAUAGUGCAAAAUCCUGAACAGGAACCUCUGUCACCAUUCCUAAGAGGAGGCCAUUUCUUUCCAGGAAAUAAUGUUAUUUAUGAAAAAACCAUAAGAAAAGUGGAGAAACUAAAUAUGGAUCAGGAAUGCUAUCCUCAGGUUCAGUGCAAUCAUCACAUUGUUCAACAGCCCCAGAUCAUCCACUCUCCACACUGUGAACAAUCCCAUUCUAGUCAGAAAAUCCAAACCAUCACAGGAAGUGAUUCAGUUUCUACAAACACUGGAAUUGAACUGUGUCAUGGUGGCUCAAACCAUACACAUGAGCAGGUGAUAAUUCAGGAUGACAGCCCUGAAAAAUUGGACCCGAAAUACUUUGGAGAAUUGCUUGCUGAUCUAAGCCGCAAAAAUAUGGAUCUAUAUCACUGUUUAUUAGAACAUUUGCAGAGAAUUGGAGGAAGCAAACAGGACUUUGAGUCUAUAGAUGAGUCAGAAGACAUUGAAUCAUUGAUUCCAAAAGGAUUGUCAGAAUUUACAAAACAGCAAAUUCGCUAUAUUCUGCAGAUGAGGGAUAUGUCUGAUAAAUCUCUUCGACUAGUGCUGUCCACAUUCAGCAACAUACGGGAAGAGCUUGGACAUCUUCAGAAUGACUUGACAUCACUGGAAAAUGAUAAGAUAAGGCUUGAGAAAGACUUGACAUUCAAAGAAACUCAAAUAAAAGAGUAUGCAGAACUCUUGGCAUCAGUGAGAGCUGAUAAUCGCAAACAACAGCAAGGAUGUCAAGAAUCAACCUCAAGAUGCCAAGCACUGGAAGAAGACAAUCUCUCUCUUCACCAUACGCUAUCAGACAUAGAAUAUAAACUAAAAGAAUUGGAAUACUGUAAGCGUAAUUUAGAGCAAGAGAAUAAAAAUCUUAGAAUGCAGGUUUCUGAGACUUGCACAGGCCCGAUGCUGCAGGCUAAAAUGGAUGAGAUUGGCAACCAUUACAUGGAGAUGGUAAAAAACUUAAGAAUGGAGAAAGACAGAGAGAUCUGCAAACUAAGGACUCAAUUAAAUCAGUACCAAAAAGAUGUUUCAAGAAGAGAAGGAAGCUGCAGUGAUUUCCAAUUCAAGAUUCAUGAACUGACAAGUUUGCUGGAAGAGAAGGAUUCCCUUAUAAAGCGUCAGUCAGAGGAACUCUCAAAGUUGAGACAAGAAAUAUAUUCAUCUCAUAACCAACCCUCCAGUGGUGGAAGGACAACUAUUACAACUAGAAAGUACAGGACACAGUAUCCAAUCCUAGGCCUCUUGUAUGAUGACUAUGAAUAUAUACCACCAGGUAGUGAUACACAAACUAUUGUGAUUGAGAAAACAGAAGACAAAUGGACUUGUGUCUCAUCAAUUAUCAGUUCCUUUCACCAUGAUGCAGCCAAAGCUUGUACCAUCUCAGGUUGUCUGUAUUUGCAUGUAUAUUUCUCUGCCUUGAAUGCUCUUGCACAAGAUCUUCACAUGACGGGUUUUUUCUUGGCACUCAAGUCUCAGCUCAAAUGCCAAGUCCUCAGUAUGGAUUUCCUCAUUAUACUCACUCGUAGUUGUUUAAGCAAAGCUGCCAAAGUGUACCAGAAUUACACUGGGGGCUUUGUCUAA